GCCCCCGCGAGCUAGGGUUUACUGCCCCGGUCCCACGCGACCUUCCUCUUCUUGACGCGGCGGAGCUCAUGGCCGGCGGCGAAGAGACGGCGGCCGCGGCGGAGGCGGAGAUGGAUCUGGAGUUCUCGCGCGGCGCGGAUGUGCCCAGCUUCGAGUUCGCCUUCAAUUCGGAGAAGUUCUCCGACAAGGUGCUGCAGGUAGAGGUCGUCGCCGGCGACGACGGAGGAGGAGGACCCCUCCCUGACUCAGUGCGCCACAUUAAGGGGCAAGGUACACAAAUUUUAACAGUAAAGGCCCUUCAUAUCAAUUCAGCGAUUCUUGCUGCAAGAAGUCCUUUCUUUCUAAAGCUCUUCUCAAAUGGCAUGAAAGAAUCUGAUCAGAUGCGUCCAAGAAUUAGGAUUGCCAAUUCAGAGCAAAUUGCCCUUAUGGAGGUUUUAAGCUAUAUGUACAGUGGAAAAUUGACAACAGCUGAGCCCACUCUUCUGCUCGACAUCUUGAUGGUUGCGGACAAGUUUGAGGUUAUUUCUUGCAUGAGGCGUUGUAGUCAGCUGCUCACAAACUUGCCUAUGACAACAGAAUCUGCACUGCUCUGCAUAGACCAUCCUUGCUCGACUUCAUUGGCCGCUGAGGUCCAACAUGUUAUAAGCGUUGCAAAGGAAUUCCUUGCCGACAAGUACAAGGAUUUUGAUAAGUUCAGACGUGAACUGGUGAAUAUUUCUCUUGCUGGGAUGGAAGCUAUCUUUUCAAGUACUGACAUGCAUGUGAGCUGUGAAGAUGACUUAUAUUACUUCAUGCUUGAGUGGGUCCGUGCAAGAUACCUAGAUUCAGAGGAAAGACGUGGGAUCUUGAGUUCUCGUUUGCUGCCGCUAGUUCGCUUCAGUCAUAUGACAUGUACGACACUUGAGAAGAUCCUAGCAUGCACUGAUAAUGAUAUAGACCAUGAGCAAGUAACUAAGCGUAUUACCGAGGUGCUUCUACACAAAGCUUACCCAAGACAGAUGGAAAAUGCUCUUAGUACACAAACCGGUUGGCAAUUUGCUGAGCGUGCUUACAAGUACAAACCUGUGAAAUUGGUUGCUUUUGAUCGACCCUGCCCACAGGUUACAGUUUACUUGGAUCUAACGCGUGAGGAGUGCUCUCGACUCUUCCGGUCUGAACAUAUAUGCUCGCACCCGUUCCAGCUUGGAGGGCGGGACUUUUAUCUUGUCGCAUUCUGUGAAAUGGAUGAGCAGAGUAAUUUGUGCACUUUUGGCCUCUGCUUAGUAGAAUGGAAGAAUAUGAAGGGUUCAUCAGAUUUGACCAUCGAUAUUGAGUUUGCUGCAAGGACUAGAUUGUCAGGAAAAUUCGUAAGCAACUUGGAGGUUAAGGUUAUCUUCAGUUUGUCAGAUUGGGUACAUGGAUCCGUGGAUCUUUUUGGCGUUCCAUGGUCGACGUUCAUAUCUGACGACAACCUCUUCAUCAACGGGGUGCUGCAUCUGAGAGCUGAUUUGAGGUUGGCCGUUGGGCAGAUGGGUUUACAAUCUUGACGACAUCUCACUAAGCAAAGUUAGGUUGAUCGGUUCAUGUGAUUCCAGCUGGGGUGGCAUGUUGGCAGCGUGGUUCAAUGCGGUCACAUUUUGUUAUUUUUGUGUCUGUGCUGAAAAACUAGGCUUGCCUGAAUGAUGUAAGGAGGCUCUCGCUUGCAAUGAGAAAGUUGAAAAUUGUGGC